UAUACUUUCCCCAUUUUAUCGUACAAAAGAGGAAGUACUCGUUUGGGGUAAGGAAAGGAAAUAAUGAGUCAAAGUGUUUGUCUGAUCGUCUUCCCCACUCGAUUCUGUUGAUUCCAAAUAUGACUACCAAACGAUCACACGUUCGAUUUCGAUUCACUUCCCAUCAAAGAUUCAACAACUAUCUCGCCCCUUUCUUCCUCCUUUUAACCGCACUCUCUCUCAUCCUUUUUCUCGCUCUAAGAUCAUCCCCACAUUCCAUUUCCAAAACCCUUUCAAACUCCGACGCCAUUUCCAAUUCAAUCUCCAACACAGCCAAUAACUUGCCUGAGGUUCCUCGGUUUGCUUACUUCAUCACCGGUACAAGAGGCGACGGUGUUCGUCUGCACCGGUUGCUCCGGGCGGUGUAUCAUCCGCGAAAUUAUUACUUGUUGCAUCUGGAUCUGGAAGCUUCUGAUGCAGAGAGAGUUGAUCUCGCGAAGAAUUUCAAGGAGGUAAACAAUGUGAUGGUGGUUGGAAAAGCUAAUUUGGUGACUUCUAAGGGACCUACCAUGAUUGCUUGUAUGUUGCACGCUAUUGCUCUUUUGUUGAAGCAAGGAAAGGACUGGAACUGGUUUAUCAAUCUCAGUGCUUCAGAUUAUCCUCUUAUGCCUCAAGAUGAUAUUCUCCACAUUUUCUCCUAUUUGCCAAGGGAUUUGAACUUUCUUGAGCACACAACCAACAUCGGCUGGAAAGAGUUUCAAAGGGCAAGGCCAAUCAUAAUUGAUCCCGGUUUAUAUCAUUCAAAGAAAUCUGGUGUUUUCUGGGCCAAAGAGAAACGAUCCAUGCCUUCUUCAUUCAAGUUGUUCAUGGGCUCUUCUUGGGUUGUUCUUACUAGACCCUUUCUUGAGUUUUGCGUUUGGGGAUGGGAUAAUCUUCCUCGUACUCUUCUUAUGUAUUACACAAACUUCUUAUCAUCUCCAGAAGGAUACUUUCACACUGUCAUCUGUAACCAUAAAGACUAUCAGAACACCACUGUCAACCAUGACAUGCACUACAUCAAAUGGGAUAAUCCCCCAAAACAGUACCCUGUAAAUCUCACAAUCCAACACUUUUCUGACAUGGUUGAAAGUGGAGCUCCAUUUGGGCAUUCUUUUGCCCAAAAUGACCCGGUUCUUGACAAAAUUGACAAUGAGCUUCUGGGAAGAUCGGUCAUUUAUUUAAAGGCAGAUGCUAUUAAACCAUCUAUGAGUUCAAAGAGACUUGAGAAACUUGUAUCUGAUCUUUUAAGUACUGAAAAUUUCAGGCCUAAACAGUGUAAGUAAUGUAGUUGUGAGUGUCCUGAU